AUGGAUGCGACCUCCCACAGGAUUCGCUACCUGGGGAUGCGACCUCCCACUAGGUUGGCUGAAGGUGUGGAUCGUUACAUGGCCAUGCGAUUUCCUGAUAAACUAAAAUGUCAUGGUCAUGCCAACAAAAAACCGAACGAAGCCAUAUUACCGUAUUUGCAACAAGCUGGAUUUGGUGAAGUGAUCAAACUUGGAAACUACAAGAUCGAUGUCGGUUUGAUUACUGCUAUGGUUGAAAGAUGGAGACCAGAAACUCAUACUUUUCAUCUUUCGUUAGGUGAGUGCACAAUAACUUUAGAAGACGUAUACUAUAUUUUAGGAUUAAAUGUGUCUAGUUUUCCUAUUAGCGGUUCAAAUUUUGUGAAUGUUAAAGAUGUUUGUCAAGAAUAUUUAGGAGUUAUCCCACCUGAGGGAGCAACAAAGGGUAAUUUUAUUAAAUUAAAAUGGAUCAAAGACACUUUUGACAAUGUUGGUGAAAACGCAUCAGAAGUAGAAAAACAAGCAUCAUGUCGAGCAUAUAUAUUACGUAUGAUUGGAGGAUUGUUGAUGCCAGACAAAUCCAAUAAUCGUGUACAUUUAAAAUAUCUUUCAAUCUUGGGCGAUUUAAAUAAAGCAUCCCACUAUAGUUGGGGUUCGGCAGUUUUAGCAACACUCUAUAGAGAAUUAUGCCUUGCUACGAAACCCAACGUAAUGUCGAUGGGAGGAUGUGCAUUGUUGUUGCAAAACUGGGCAUGGUAUGGUUUGAGUUGUGUUGCUCCAGAUGCACCUAGUGCAUAG